AUGUUUUUACCUGCUAAUAUCACUAGUAAACUUCAACCAUUAGAUCAAGGCAUCAUUCACACUUUUAAACGCUUUUAUCGCAGAGAAGUCGUUAAACAUACUCUUACGAGUCUGGAAGAAAAUAGAAGCCCUGAAAUUAACGUACUUCUAGCUAUGAAAUUUGCUAGAAAAAAAUGGUACUUAGUCAGCGACGUUACUGUCAAAAACUGCUUCAAAAAAGCUGGGUUUUGGAAAAGUAUAGAUGAGCAAGACCUGCCAGGGGAAAAUGAUGUUGAAGUUGGACCUAGCAACGAGGAAUGGACUAAGCUUGUGUCUCACGAAUCCAAUAUGUUAAUGCCAAGCUUCGAAGAUUUCGUUCAAAUUGACGACGACGUAACUACCACUGGAGAACAAACCAACGACGAUAUCGCUAAGAAUUGUGUGAGCACCUGUAUUGCUGGAAAUGACAGUGAAGACGAGGCACAUAUUCCGGAAACAGAAAUAAAGAUCAUUCCACUCAAGCUAGCUUUAAAUGCGUUGGAGACGGUGCGUCAAUACUUUGAUUAUGCGGCGGUUAUUGAUCAAGCAAUAUUCGACAAAAUUUAUGAGCUAGAGAAAAGCAUUGAAAAUACAAAAAUAGAAAGCCAAACGAAAUUGACGGUGUUUUUUGAGUGCAAAUAA